CGCGCAUCCCUAGAGCCAUCUGCUCCGGCAUCCGACCGUGUCGCUUUCGAAGGCGCAACUUCCGUCUCUGAACUUCCCUUCUCUAGCGCCUCCCUCGCUUUCGGAGGCGAUCUUAUGACCUACACGACCACACCUGAACUUCUCAAGACUGUUGCUGCUGUUGCUACACCUACCUCGGGCGUUGACGCUACUACUACGGGCUCGCCUAUGGAGACUUACACUGGAGCUGCCAUGGCUAUGCUGCCCGGUGCUGGUAUGGCUGUUGCUGGAGCUAUGGGUAUUGCUGCUGCGCUUGUCUAGAGUUGCAGAAUGG